AUGGAGGCUGAGGAGAGCAGCGAAGAGAUCAGCGACGAGGGCAGCCUGGAGAGCGAGCGACGCAGGAGGAGAAGGAGGAGGAGGAAGAAGAAGGGGAAGAAGAAGAAGAAGUCCAAGAAGGUGAAGAAGACGAAGAAGAAGAAGAAAGCGGUGAAGAAGAAGAAGGCGGUCUCGCCACGGAGGAGGCGAAGCUCAGUGAGGAGGAAGGUGAAGAAGAAGAAGUCGAAGAAGGUGAAGAAGAAGAAGUCGAAGAAGGUGAAGAAGGCGAAAAAGAAGAAGUCGAAGAAGGUGAAGAAGAAGAGGAGGUUUGUCAAACUCAAAAAAGUGAUCAAGAAAGUGGUGGUCACGCGCAGGAGGCGAAGCAGGAGGAGGCGCACGACCACCACAAGCACCUCGACGACGACCACCUCGACGACGACCACCACCACCACCUGCCACUACGGAGUCGGGGGGCGAGGCUUCUUCGUCGACUUCUCUAAACAGGGCACGUUGAAGGGCGGCAGCAUUUGGUUCAGCAAGGGCGCCCAGAAGAUCCGAUGCACCCUGUACUGCGACAACCUUCUCGUGCUUGACGAGAGCUUCGCAAGCACGCGACGGCGCAAAGGGAAAACCGUUGCGAUCCCGACAAUUUGCCAGGGAGCCCGGAACGCCUAUCUCUGGGGCUCCGGCUCAGCAGGACACUGCGAGUUUGCGCACAAGCGCCUGGACGUCUACCAGCUUCCUGAGACGGUCACGUUGGGCAAUCGAGAGCUGCCUGAAGUGAAGUCCAGCGCCUACGGCUGUGAGGCUCGCUACAGACCGAAGGGCUGGACCACGAUGAACGUCGAUGAGUACGGCACAGUCGCUCCAGGCAACAAGGUGGCCUACUCGCCCGCCAACUUCAAGUGGGCGAGCUGCCAUGUCUAUUGCGAUGGGCACUUGGCCACAAAGAACUCUUUCUAUGGUCGGCGGCGACGCGCGGGCACUGGAACCUUCGACCUGCCCAACUCCUGCAUCGGCGCCACUUCAGUGGCCCUCCACGGCGGCGGCAAGUGCGCAGGCUGCCACUUCGAGGAUUACAAGCUGAAGGUGAACAAGCACCCAGGCGACCCACCCAAGACCACCGUUCCCGCCAAGAAGAUUGUGUCCUGGUUCAAAAGCGAAGAUGCAGGACCCACGUGGAAAAGCAGCGUGGGCAGCUUGACUGCCUCGUCAAGUCGACGGUCCGGGGUGCGCGCGUACACGGCGCGAGGCUAUGGGGCGAAAGCCCCCGUGAAGUACCUCCAAGGGUCCAACAACGAUGCGUUCACAUUCACGGGCGCGCUGCAGGGCCACUACACUGUCUGCGCCGUCACGCGCUACACCUCGGUGUGGGCUGCGAAGCGCAUCCUACAAGGCAGCAAGCAAAACAUCAUCUUCGGGCACCAUGAAAAGCAUGGCGUCGGCGUGGUCUACUUUGACGGCUUUCAAACCGCCACAGGCAAGCGCUUGAAAAGCACGAGGUGGACCACCGUUUGCGCCUCGCCGGGGGCCGACUAUGUGUUCCUGGACGGCCAAGACGUCGGCACAGGGAAGACGGAUAGCUUCGAGGACCAGGACCUCGUGAUCAAUAGCGGGGCGACGCCAGCCGAGAAGUCCAACUGGGCUGUUAUGGAAGUGAUCACGUGGAACUACAUCCUUUCCAAGAGAGAGAUGGAAGAUGCCUCGACGUACCUGAUGAAGAAGCUCAUGGUCGGCGGCGAGAAAGAAACCUGCAAGAUCGCUCUGAAGAAUCCCAAGCACCACGAGGGGCGCAGUUUUAGCUCCUAUCGGAAGCUGCCCGGGGCGCAUAUCUUCGGAAUGCAAGGCUGGUUCGACUCGCAGUUGGACUCCUCAAGCGGCUGGUGCGCGGAUAAGCAAGACAGGAACGAGUGGCUUGAAAUCGACCUGAAGGAGAAGGAGAAUGUGAUGGGCGUGGUCAUCCAGGGCCUGAAAGGCAAAGAGAAGUACGUCUACUCCUUCGAGGUGGCGUACAAGGUGACCGCGAAAGGAGACUGGAUACGCAUCAACAACCUCUUCACGGGGUUGAACGGGGAUCCGGAUGAGCAUGUGCGAGCUUACUUUUCGGACCCCGUGGAAGCCCGCUACAUCCGCUUGUCCAAGUUUGACUGGCACCACGAGCUUUGCCUGCGAGCCGCAGUGAUGGUUUGUCAGGGCAAGCUGGAGAACGCGGUGACACUCCUGCAGGCCAAGACCUGCCCCACCACAUACAGCAGUGAGACCUGGAGCGAGUCGGACUACUCGAGCAGGCAUCUCCGGAUCGGCGGCACGAAGGAGUGUGUCGCCGUGGAGCCCCUGGGAGAUGAAUUGGCCCUCGUCUACAAGCCCUGCAUGGCGGAUGACGUUCAUCAGCUCAUCCCCGCAUCGGACAUGGGAUACCUCUUCACCAUGCUCCACCGCAACGCGUGGCUGCUGGACAACGUCCUCCAGCCGGGGAUCAAGGCAGAGUACUUCUAUGACUUGGACCAGGGCUGGAGUUGCUCCUUCCCGAACAUCAUGUUCCGCAUGCCGGACAAGGUGGAAGUCAAGCCGAAGCUCGAUUACGCGAACGGGAAACGCUGGGCCGGCUUGCAGCACAACGAUAAGUUUGCCGGCAGGUUCACGGGACUUCUGAUGGUCAAUGAGCCAGGCACCUACGAGUUCUACCUCACCGCCAACGAUGUUGCCCGCGUCUUCAUCCAGCACAAGGAGUUCCUGGAGAUCUCCGGAUGCCGGUCGAAGUCGAAGGAGGUCAAAGCCAAGAAGGAACUCACCAUGGGCAGCUGGCCGAUUGAGGUGCACUUCUACGAGAAAUUCGACAAUGCCCAACUGACGCUGGAAUGGAAGGGUCCCGAUUCCGACGACAAGAGGAAAGUGGUGCCUCCGUCUGCAUUUGCGCACAUGGCAGACAGGUCCAUGUGGAUGCCCACCUCGGCGAUGGCCCGAGGCUGCAUCGGCAACACCGCCCUUGGUGCACUGAGCCCUGCCAUGUUCAACCUGGAGGACCUCUCCAAGGGCCUGAAGAUGGCCUGCCGCUUCACGCCGAUCCUCUCCAAGGACCUACCUGUGGAGAUCCACACGAAUCGCACCUUCGAUGCGGUGGAGACCGUGGGCGCCUGGCCACUUUGGUGGGAGGACAUGGAAACCUGGGAAAUGGGCUGCCCUUCAGGCAAAGUGAUUCAGACAGUGGACCUCCUGAACGCGUCCAGCAAGCUGGUGGUGAAGUACACCUGCGCCGCGUCUGCCGGACUUGGAGAUUGCUACCCCGGCUGGACCGACCAGCAGGAUGCUGGGGAGUUCAACGACACCGACAACAACCUGCCAUACUUUCCGCUGAGAUCCGUAGCUUCCUUAGCCUCAGCCCAAGAUCCCUUGGUUCAUGGUAUCCGGAGCGCAGCAAAAGCCAAGGCCAAGUCAAAGAAAGUCCUCAGCAAGUUGAAGGUCGUAUGCCCUGGAAACGACCUGCUCAACUCCGUGCAUUUCGAGCCACCCUGCCUGCAAGAAGCCCUGCUCAUCGGUCGAUAUCGAUGUCACAUCACGAAAGCAUGUCUGCACUGUCUGCACUGUGACGGGAAACCGCGACUGCGGAAAACCACGGGACGGUAUGACCGGGUAUGA